GCCGCGCCCAUAGCCGCCUUCGCUGUUUGUGGUUCUAGGAAGUGCGGGACAUCGCCUGACAGAUGCUUCCUUCUUUUCCUCCUCUGUCUCGUGAUCCUCUGGUACUCCAACCAGCACCUCAAGUUCUUGACGCUGUUCCCAAGGUACAUUCCGUGCGAGUCCAGGAUCCUGGCCAGCGUGCCGGACCGCUUCGUCGGCUUCAACAACACCGUGGAGCCUGACGGCGCCCUGCUCGUGCCCAACCUCGUCCACUUCGUCCGUGUGGGCGACGGCAGCGAGCUCGUCGCGCCCGAGGACGCCGCCUGCAUCAGCGCGGCGCUCAGGACGCAGCCCGGCUGCACGGUGAUGGUGCAUACGGACCGCGCGGAGCUGAGCGGCGCGCCGUGGCACCGCCUUCUCCGACAAGAGGGCCGGCGUAUCCGCGUGGUGCGGCGGCCGCGGUCGCUGCAUGUCUUCGGCAUGCCCUUCCGCGACAAGGACAGCCUGCACCGCGUCACCGCGCUGCGCGUGCUCAUGAAGCACGGCGGGAUGUACGUGCCCAGGACCGUGUACCUGCAGGACGACGCCACGCCCUACCGCCGGCUGGAGUGCGCCGAGGCGUCCGCGCCGACCUCGGACCCGGGGGUCAUCGUGGCGCACCGCGACGCGCGCCUGCUGCAGGCGUGGCUCCACCUGCACCACGACGCCGACCUGGACUGGGCCAAGCGGCCGCCCCACGAGCCGCACCUGUGCCGCGCCAUGGACGAGGUGCCCGAGCUGCCGGCCACCGACGACCCCUCGGAGCUCGUCCACCCGGACGACUGGUACCUGUUCGCCCGGGCGCUCUAGCCGACGCCAUCCUCGCCGUCGCCUACAGCACCCGAAGGACUUAAUUGGGGAAUUGACCCCGGGUCGACCCCGGGCCGUGGAGACGGUUAAUUGGAAAGGCCGCGAUAGCAGUGCAACAGGCCUCGUCGAUACCCCGUGCGCCCAGCGCCCCGGCCGCGCGGCGGCUCGGAGUAGCGACCGCAGAUACUCCACGUCGAAGGGCCGCGGCGUGGGGUAGCGCGAGCCGAGUGCCAGCCGCCUCUCCAGUGACAGAACAGACUGGCGCCUUAAUGCGUUUACUGGGGAAGCUUGUUCCUAAAUAAAAGGCUUCGCCACGCCUUAAACUGUGA